AUGGCCAGAAAGAGAAAAGCUGAAGGAGUAUUAAAUGCGAAAACUCAUGAUGAUCAAGGGAAUGCAGCAGCCUGGAACGAGAUGGUAAAGGAAGCAGAUGGUGCAGCCACACAAAGCGGUGCUCAACGAGCCCUAAAUAGAUAUGUUGGGGUUAGACAAAGGCCAUCAGGUAGAUGGGUUUCUGAAAUAAAAGACACUAUACAGAAAAUAAGAGUGUGGCUUGGAACUUUUGACACUGCUGAGGAAGCAGCAAGAGCAUACGAUGAAGCUGCUUGCUUACUUCGUUCACUGUACGCUGAUUAUCUCAAUUACCCUUAUGAUCACAUAACUGAUAGCAACACGAUCGCUAAUGUUAGUGCAACUACAACAGAUUUUAGUAGCUGGGCUGAUUUUAUUCAGCCUGUCAAUAACUUUCAGAGCUCGAAUGGGGAGAUUAUUGAAGUGGGAAACAAAGAAGAGGAGAUAGGAGAGGCAAGUAAUACUGAUGUAUUAGAAGAUAUAGAGUCCAAUAUUGAUUUCCAGUUUCUUGAUGAAAUUGGAUCGUGUUACUAUUCGUCAUUUGAGAUAGCUGAAGAGCUAUCAUCAGAGACAAUGGAACAUGGGAUGGUUUAUGGGGAAGAAACAUCAGUGGAGAAGGAGAAAAGUGAAGAAUGCAAUGUUGAAAUGACCGAGAAGAAGGAUGAAGAAGCAGUGACAUUUUCGUCGAUGGAGAGUACUUAUGAGAGUGAAUUGUCCCUAUGGAGCUCUAUUGAUCUCCCACCAAUAUGCUUUGUUACUUGA